GUGCCAAACGGUACGGCUCAAUGUUUCACGUUACGUUUAUUACCGUUAGUUACAUCAUUCCAUAAGUUUUUGAGGAAUAUAAGCAGACUGCCCUGCUCAUUGCAUUCACAUUUAGUAUAGUGCGACUUGGCCAAGUGGAUUCAUGCCCAUUCAGCAGAUAAAUGGCCAAAGAAGAUAAAGAAGCCCAGGAGGAUGAGUUACUCGCCCUUGCUGGUAUUUUUGAUGAAGAUGAAUUUAAAAGGGCGGAAUCUUCCCAGGGUGGUGAAAUUAGAAUUUGCCUCACAUUACCACCAAACUUUAGAGUACUGGUAGAUGGCAGAAAUGAGCAACUCAGUUACAUAGUUGACUGUUUGCCACCAGUUGUCUUGAAAUUUGAUCUCCCGGCAGAUUAUCCAUCAGCUUCUCCACCUGCCUUCACACUUCACUGCAACUGGCUCUCUACAAGUCAGCUCACCAGUCUAUGUACACAAUUGGAUGAGAUCUGGAAAGAAAACAGAGAUUGUGUUGUUUUAUUCUCCUGGAUGCAGUUUCUAAGGGAAGAAGCACUCUCUUUCUUGAAUAUUGGUUCUUCCUUAGUUUUAGAGCCAUCUGUGAUGAGAUGUUAUCACCAGCCAUUUACUUACGAGGAAGCAAACCAGACAGGCUUUGUGGAGGCAGAAGACACAUUGGGUGCAAUCUGCUGUGACCCAAGAGCUAUCCAAGAGGUGGAGUCAUGGACAAACAUUCUGCCAGAGAUCCUAGAUUUUAACCAACAUCAGAAACAAAAAUGGUUCAAUGCUAAAGUGUACACUUGCAAGAUAUGCUUUUUAGAAAAACUUGGAAGCGAUUGUAUGUGUCUUACCAAAUGUGAGCAUGUGUACUGCAACACUUGUCUGAAAGAGUAUUUUGAAAUCCAGAUCAAGGAAGGCACUGUUCACUUACUCAACUGCCCAGAGCCAAAGUGCCCUUCUGUUGCCACUCCAGCACAGGUAAAGCAACUGGUUGGAGAAGAGGCAUUUUCCCGUUAUGACCGCCUGUUGCUGCAGAAUGGUCUGAGUCUAAUGACAGAUGUUGUAUACUGUCCACGAUUAAGCUGUCAAACUGCAGUGCUGAAAGAACCAGACAGUGAAAUGGGUGUUUGCAGUAACUGUUUGUUUGCAUUUUGUACCGAGUGUAAUCUGACUUACCAUGGAAUUGCUCCUUGUUAUGAAGAAGUAGAAGGUGAUAAACGCAAUGAACCCAGAAACAAAAUACGAGACAUGCGAAUGAAUAAAAAGUGGAUUAAAGAAAAUGCUAAGUGCUGCCCUAAAUGUAGUGCACCUGUACAGAAAGAAGGUGGAUGCAAUAAAAUGACCUGUGCUCGUUGUGGAACUUCCUUCUGCUGGAUCUGUGGAACUCGUUUGAAACAGCAUUCAUAUAAACACUUUAAAGAUCCGUCUGUAAAAUGCUCCUUAAAAUCAUAAUAAGAUCAGAAUUGAAAACAUCACUCUGCAAAAGCUGCCAUCUGGACAUCAGGAUUGUUUUGUCAUCACAGAAGCUAAGUUUAGUAAACAAGAACAGCGAAUUUCAAGGAUGGAAAAAAAUACAUUUUCAUUCCAUACUUAGUAUGGAAGACACAAAGACAGAUGGUUUUGAGUAGCAUUUAACUCUCACACAAAGCCAGUAGUUACUUCCAAGUUGUAGGUUUCCUUUUGUAAUAAAGGUUAUUCUCUCUCUCUAUGAAGUAAAGCCAAUUGAAUUCUGGUUGUACUCUGAAUAACAUUCUAGUUUAAUGAAUUUUUAUGCUUAUGACAAUGGCAUUGUUGAAGCAUGCCAGUGCAGAGGAUAAAGUUAUAACAAAGUUGCCACUAUUGUUAAGUAAAUUUGUAAUUAACUGUGUUUUACUGUGUAUAACAUGGAAUGGAUACAUCAGCUAAUUUAUGGACUAGGUUGACAAUAGUAACAACUAUUAAAAAUGGCAGGUGAUCAGAAUGUUUUCUAAAGAGCUAAUUUCAGAAUUCACAAUAUAAGACCAUUGAUAAAAAAUAUAGUACAGAUUAAUGUAUAUAAUUUGCAAAAUGUUUGUAUACAGUAUAAUAUUUUUUGGCUGAAGUGGGUUUGCAUUGCUUUGCUAACAAGCAUUUAAUAAAAAUUCUGUCAUUCUGUUUGAUUCAGGCUUUUCAUUUGCGUACCCAGUCUAGUGGAACUUACAUGCUAUAUUUUUUCACAGGGUUAUGUGUUGUUGUAUGAGAGAGUGUAUGUCCAGUUAUAAUAGUAUAACAGCACUCGCUUAAGGUAGAAAUUGGCUGCAAAAUGCUGUGUGUGCCACUACCAAUGCUAUUUUUUGAACAUUCCAGCACCUUGGCUUAUAAAAAUCCUUCAUGAAAGUGAUUUUGUUAUGUAAUGCACACAUAAUAACUGGUCACUGUUCCAGAGACAAACAUAAAAUAAUUGCAACACAAAUCAUAGCAAGCAUAGCUGAGACAGUAAUUGAAAUAUGAUAUUUAUUAAAACAAGAGUGGAAGUAAAUUAUCUACAUAUUAUCUGAUUAAUUCCUUCAUAAAAUCAUUCCUCCUCAAGGAAUAUAAGGGAUCGUUCAUGUAACAAUGAAGUCAAAGGCAUGGUUGUGUUCA